ACUGCCGUGUUGUGAAUAGUGAAGUUUUGUGAAUUGGUGUUUGGUGAUUGGUGACAGAGUUGUUCGGUUGCUUGUGUUUAAACAUGUAAAACAAACAAAUACCCACCAACAAUGAGGGUGCAAAAGUGGUGGUUGGAAGCGGUGGUUCUUCUUUUCGCCACUGGAUGGCUCUGCCUUUCCACACCUGUUGGGAAACGUUCUCCCCUCUUACCGCACUCUUUGACCCCUGAGAGCUACGAACUCUCCCUGAACCCGGACAUCAUCAGGGGAGUGUUCCACGGCGUUGUGAUCAUCAGUGGGGUUGCUGUUGCUGAGACUUCCGUCAUAGUGCUGCACUGCAGCAACCUUCUGUUCAACAUGACUAAACUGUCAGACACUACUGAAGGCGAAGAAGUGGCGGUCCUGGGUGUGGAAGAAGAUGAGUUUCUGCAGCAGUGUCAUCUGUCGCUCAACAAAACUCUCAGGGUGGACCAUGAGUACAAGUUGACUAUAGAGUUCAUGGGGAUCAUUGGCCAUGAUGGGUUCGGUCUUUACAAGGACUUCUAUAAAGAAGGUGGAGUUAGGAAACAGAUACUGAUGACUCACCUACAACCUAACUACGCCAGGACGAUGUUUCCUUGUUGGGACGAGCCCCACUACAAGGCCCAGUUCCUGGUCAAGGUCACGAGAGGACGCUUCCCCACUGUGCUCUCCAACAUGCCAGCUGUCACCACCUCCACCGCCACCACCAAUGCCGCACCUCUAGAUCCAGGUUGGGUAGAGUUUGAGGAGACGCUGCCCAUGUCGCCGUACCUGCUGGUAAUCGUGUGGUGCGACUAUGUAGCCCUGAUGGAGCCCACUAGCAACAACAGAGUGUGGGCACCGAGAGAUAAACUGCACCAGGCUCAGCUGGCUCUCAAUAUCAGCUGUGUGGUUGUGGAGCAGUGUGCCAGGUACUUUGGCAGAGAUUAUCCUCUACCAAAGCUCGACCACAUUCCUCUUCCGUCGCUAAGCAACGUCGCAAUGGAGAACUGGGGAGCCAUAACCUACAAGUAA